AUGGUGGUAUCCACUAUAACAUCCGAUCAAGAUGAGCACCGAUAUGAAGAAAAUGUAAAAGAAAAUAUAUUAGCAAAGGCUCUAGACUUUGUUCCUAAGACUGGCUGGUCUAUAGAGUCACUAAGCCAAGGUGCUGAAGCAGCUGGUUACCCAGGCAUCACACAUGGCCUAUUUCCAAAUGGUAGUGGUGAUCUAGUCCAUUAUUUCAAUGUUAAAUGUAAUGAAAUAUUGGUGGAGCAAAUUAAACAUUGGCCUAAAGAAGGAUUAAAGGAGUCAAAAGUACCAGUUCAGUUUAUCGAAGAUGCUAUUAUGACAAGGCUUUUGAUGAUUCAACCUUAUAAGAGUACGUGGCCUAAAGCGAUGGCAAUACAGACACUUCCUAAUAAUGUUCCAAACAGCUUAGCUACGUUACUUUCUCUCGUGGACGACGUUUGUUAUCAUUCAGGUGAUCGAAGUGUUGACUUCAACUGGUACAUUCGACGAGUGGGACUUGCUGGUAUAUAUAAAGCGUCAGAAUUGUUUUACCUAACUGACAGUAGUCAAGACAGUACUGCUACAAGAAACUUUGUAAAAUCUCGAAUCAGAGAUGCAGAAUUGAUCCAGACAGCACUAAACAUGAACCCUGUGUCAGUAGCUCCACAAACUUUAUCUGCUGCAUUUGUAACGGCCAAAAAUAUGCUGGGGCUAAACACUCUGAAGUAA